AUGGAAACCAAACUGUUUUCUAUCGUACUCUGUUUGUUGAUAUUGGAGGCGGCCGGCUCAAGUCUGAAAAACCUAACAUCAAUUCAACAUGGUACGGAAAACGCAUCCGCAAGAAGUACGGUCGACAUAGAUCCGAGCACACAAGGGAUGAAACUUCCGAGUACACAAGGGAACAUAGAUCCGAGCACACAAGGGAUGAAACUUCCGAGUACACAAGGGAACAUAGAUCCGAGCACACAAGGGAUGAAACUUCCGAGUACACAAGGGAGCAUAGAUCCGAGCACACAAGGGAUGAAACUUCCGAGUACACAAGGGAGCAUAGAUCCGAGCACACAAGGGAUGAAACUUCCGAGUACACAAGGGAGCAUAGAUCCGAGCACACAAGGGAUGAAACUUCCGAGUACACAAGGGAGCAUAGAUCCGAGCACACAAGGGAUGAAACUUCCGAGUACACAAGGGAGCAUAGAUCCGAGCACACAAGGGAUGAAACUUCCGAGUAGCCAACAGGGUUUUCCAAUGCGGGACUAUGACCGUGAACUUUACGAACGUAUUGAAGGUGCCCUGGGCCAGCAACAACCGUUUUCUUUUCUAAUGAUAGCAAACAGUUACGACACACGUUUCAAUUAUCCACAGAAAGUUAACGAUGCCCUGGUGAAAAGCCUCGUAGAUUUGGGAGCAAACGGAAUAUUCCCUUCGAAUGCGAAAUCGAACUUGGUCAUUGCGGGAGUGACGAAUGACGUAUCCGCCAAAAUUCCUAAUUCCGCCGAGGAAAAACUUGUUUUGAGCAUACCUCAAAUGAUUGGCUAUUAUGGUGCGCAGUAUGUUGACGCGACUGAAACAUUAUCUUGUCCGUGGAUUGUUGUACUUGGCUCAACCUCCGAUACCUGCUACACGACAACUCAAG